AUACAAAUUAGCUGUUUACACGGUGUGGUAUAUGUGUUAGCUUUCGUCUUCGCCUCGGUUUGGGAGCCACAUGGAUCGGGGCACAGAGAUUCCGUGUGAUCGGGGCACAGAGAUUCCGUCGUAAAAAAAUCGGUAUGGCGUUGGUAUUCGUUCUCUCGCCACUAGCCGCUAGUGAAAGAAGGGGAUAUAUAUUCGUGUCCUCCGAAUUAGUCCUUCCUGCAGUGUCCUCGCCGACAGGGAAAGCCGUGUUGCAAGAAGGGGAAUUCCGCUGCGAGAUCCGUGAACGGUUCAGAGAUGGCACAGACGGUGUUCACCCCCUCUUUGGAAGCGAUGAAGCAUGUCAAGGCAGAGAACGGAGUCAUUCUCACCAAGCCCUUCCUUGAUGUCUGCAAGCAAAUAUUGCCUGUCCUCGAUAAAUUUGGAGGUGCUAUGGCAAUUGUAAAGAGUGAUAUCGGCGGCAAUAUCACAAGACUGGAAAACAAGUAUACUUCAGAACCAUCAAAGUAUGAACACUUGUACAGCAUGGUUCAGGAAGAAGUUCAAAACAAGACCGCAAAAGGUUCCUCAAGCUGCACAAAUGGGCUUCUGUGGCUGACGAGGGCCAUGGACUUCCUUGUUGAGUUGUUUCGUAACCUGCUUGAGCAUCCAGACUGGACCAUGGGUCAAUCUUGCACUGAUUCAUACACCAAGACUUUGAAGAAAUUUCAUGGAUGGCUUGCCAGUUCUAGUUUUACGGUGGCAAUGAAGCUUGCUCCUAAUAGAGAGAAAUUUAUGGAGGUCAUUAGUGGAACCGGUGACAUCAAUGCAGAUAUUGAGAAAUUUUGCACGACCUUCUCUCCUUUCCUCAAAGAAAACCACAACUUUCUGGCGAGCGUCGGUCUUGAUGAUCUGAAGGCUUCAUAGAUCAAUCUCCAUGCUGAUUACAACAAAAUAAGCAUGUCUUACGAAACUCAAAGUGUUGCCGAGGGUAUACCUGUUUCCCGUAGCCAUCUCCCCCUUGAAAAACUUUAGGAGAUGGUAAUAAUUUGUCAGCAUGAUUGACCAUGGCUACUUACGCAGAGAAUUGACACCACUCAACAAAUUUAGUUACCGAACUCUCGAUCCUGUGUUACAGCAAAUCCUAUGGUUAUGUGGAACUCUGGUGCUGUAAUUCUCUUGUAUGCUACCCAGUAUGCCGCAGGAAAUCAUAAUUCGGUGUUCCAUUGCAGCA